GGUCGCCCCAGCUCCUGCCGCUGACCCGGGCGCCGGCCCCGGGGUGCGGCCGAGAGGCGUGAGCAGAGCUGGGAGCGCGUGGGCUGGGUGGGGGACUUCGCCUCCCCUGUCACCUGGUGAGUCCCCGCAGCUGCUGAGCCUCAGUUUCCCCUUCCGGAAGAAUGAGGGUGCAGGCGUCUUCGCAGGGGAGCCGAGGCGUGCCCAGGCCUCUGGCCUGGUGCAGAGCUCAUGCACUCGCGGGUGGGAACGUUAGCCUGCUCCGGCAGCGCGGGAAAGUUAGGGGCCAGGCUCGCCCUGAGCCCCCGUCUGUGAGGGGGACAGACAUGGCCCGCAGGACCAGGAAGCCCCCUUCUUGCCCCUGUCGUUGAGGACUUCUCAGCUUCUGUUCAGACUUUGUCUUUUUUCCCAGUAACACAACCUGACUUCUUUGUUGUGGACAGUUAGAAAAUGCAGGUGACAAAGACAAGAAAAUAAAAUCUUUCCGAAACCC